AUGAAGUCGGCAGGAGUGGUGGAAGGAGGACUGUUCACAGAGAGUUACUGCAACAUCUGUAACGCCCAGCUCAUCUCCGAGUCGCAACGCACAGCACACUACGAGAGUAAGAAACAUGCCAACAAGGUCCGUCUCUUUUACAUGUUACACCCAGAAGACGGAGGCCCACCGUCCAAGAGACUGAGACCAGACAACCCGGGCAGUGCAGAGACAGAGGUGGACAGGAAUAAGUGCUGUACUUUGUGUAAUAUGUUCUUCACGUCGGCUAUCGUGGCCCAGUCUCACUACCAGGGAAAGACUCAUGCUAAGAGAGUACGACUGGUACUGGGAGAAACACCCAGCAUACCUACUGCUACCAACAGCCCUACCACCACAGGUAACACAGAUACACAUAUAGCACCCCCGGUGGCGGUGGUGGGUAGUGGUGGUGGGAGUGGUGAGACAGGGAAGUACUGCUGUCUGUGUGGAGCCUGGUUCAACAAUCCUCUGAUGGCCCAGCAACACUACGAGGGGAAAAAACAUCGCAGGAAUGCAGCCAGAGUGCGACUACUGGAGCAGCUAGCUGGCAGUCUGGAUGCUACUGAAACUACAGGUCUCCGCAGCAGUUACUCCUGCAGUGUAUGUAGUGUGGUGUUGAACUCCAUUGAACAGUACCAUGCUCACCUCCAGGGCUCCAAGCACCAGAACAAGUAA